AUGGACAGCAACUUUGGCAUUUACAUCUCGUCUCCUCUCGUCACCUUCAUCGUCGGCCCUACAAGGAAGGAAUUCACUGUACACUCCGAUCCCCUAGCCAGCCUAUCAUCGACACUACACUGUCUCCUAAACGGCCCAAUGCUAGAGGCAAAGACUCAUCAUGUCGACUGGUCGGAGGUGGUCGAUGAGGAUACAUUCAUUCGGUUGUGUGAGUAUGCUUACGUGCGCGAUUACACGCCACCGUCGUGCACGGAAAGGUCUUACCAGACACUUGUAUCAGCAUCAGGGAUGGCAGAGGAACAAACUGAGGCUGGUGAAUGGAGCGGGUACUCCUCACUAUCAAUAACAAAGAAGAGCAAGCGGAAGAAAAAAAAAGACUACUGCUCGAGCCGCGAACCAUCAUCUGACCAGCCACCAGCAGAAACCCCUUGUGAGAAUUACGCCGACGAACUAAUGGCCCCAGAAGCGGAGCCAGAAGAAGAAGUGGCCCAGACUCGUGAUCUCUUCGAUGGGUAUGCAUUACCCUAUAGAGAAAAAAGUAUCUGGAGCCACCAUCUGCGGGACAAGUUCAAGGAUCUCAGCAUGCAAUAUACAAAUUCGUAUGACAAUGUCUUAUCCAAAACAAAAGAAAAGUUUGCCCCAAGGGGUAAUUGUGAUCCUAAGAAUGAUUUCACGCCUGUCUUUCUUGGACAUACAAAGCUAUAUAUAUUGGCUGAUAAGUAUGGUAUUGUUUCGCUUGCUGACUUGGUUCUGGGUAAGCUGGCGACGACCUUGUCAUGCUUCACACUGUGUGAAGAUGAUAUAGGUGUAGUAGCUGAGUUGGUUCGGGCUUCUUAUCAAGAUACAAUGCCGAAUGAUGCUCUUAGGACAUUGGUUACAACCUAUAUUGUAUCUGUUCUUGGACAAAUAGGUGAAAUUACCGGGUUCCGGGAGCUGCUGGCGGAGGGUGGGGAUUUUGUUGUUGAUUUCUGGCAAAUUAUCUGGAAAUGA